AUUUUGUCAAAUACUAAUUUCAUCAAUCAAUUGUAAUUCCUGAAACGCCUGUCGCUAUUAGCUUUGUAGUUUUAGUUUCAGUUUUUAGCUGCUAAAUAUCUAAACCAACGUCCUACUAAUUAUAAAAAUAAAACGAUCCCAGCAAUCGAUAGUAAGAGUGCGAUGAAUAGCGACAAAAAUGUCGUCCUAUGAGAAAUUAAAACUUCUCGUUUGGAAAAAUUUUCUGUUACAAAGAAGACACAAAUGGCAAACUAUUUUCGAAAUAGCUUCUCCUGUGAUAUUUUCAUUAUUUUUAAUACUAAUAAGAUGUCUUGUGGACCCAAAUUCAAAACCGGAUAUAACAUACAAACCAUUUCUCCCAACAUAUUUCAAUAUAAGUGGAAAAACGCUGGGAAACCUUACUACAGCAAAGAGAGAGGGUACUCUGGCAUUUUCACCGGAAAACCCACUGACUAGAAAAGUUACUGAAGAUGCUAUGGCUAUGGUUGCUCUUGAUAAUCUUAAUGGUCUACUGGCUCUACUAUUUGACACGAAAAUGUUACCUCAACCAAAAGGUUUCAACAAUUCAUACGAACUGGAGCAAGCUCUCACUCAACCGAAUGUAAUGAAUCAAAUACUAGUUGGUAUUCAAUUUGAUGAUAAUAUGGCAAAUGCAACAAGUUGGCCAGAUGAUAUUUCAGUGACAUUAAGGUUUCCAGCAGUAAUGCGUACUCCUAUGGUAGAACAUCCUCUUAGAGCCAGUUGGAGGACUAAUUUAUUGUUCCCUCUAUUCCCUCGACCUGGGCCAAGAGACCCAGAUGAUUUAUAUGGAGGAAAAACUCCAGGAUAUUCACCGGAGAUGUUCUUGGCGGUACAACAUGCAGUAUCACAGGAAAUUAUAAAACAAAAAUCAGGAAAAACGAUAGACACAAAAGUUUAUCUUCAACGUCUACCUCAGAUUGCAUAUAGAGAUGAUGACUUACUGAUAGCUUUAGAAAGAUUCAUAUCUAUGAUAAUAAUGCUGUGCUUUGCGUAUACAUUUGUCAACACCGUCAGAGUUGUGACUGCGGAGAAGGAGUUACAACUGAAGGAGACUAUGACGAUAAUGGGACUACCAUCGUGGUUGCAUUGGGUCGCUUGGUUCAUUAAACAAUUCUCAUUCCUUUUUAUAUCAGUUAUUCUUAUGGUUAUACUAUUUAAGACUCCAUUCAACUCGACGGCAACAGGAGAUAAAUAUUCCGUAUUGACAUUUACGCCAUGGACCGUGUUAUUAUUUUUUAUGGUGUUAUUUGUGAUGGCGUCAUUAGCUUUUUGCUUUAUGGUCAGCGUUUUCUUCUCUAGAGCAAAUACAGCCGCCUCUUUCAUGGGACUUGCGUGGUUUUCAACGUACUCUGUAUUUAUGCUGACUCAAGUUUUAUAUGAGGACAUUAGUCUGUCCACUAAGUUGUUGCUAAGUCUUAUAUCAAAUACAGCGAUGGGAUAUGCAUUUCAAAUGAUCGUGAUAUGCGAGGGAACAUCUAAAGGUUUACAAUGGAAUGAAUUUUUUACGUCCAUAUCUUACCAUGAUCAGUUCCAACCGGGUCAUGUUGUCCUCAUGUUAAUUCUAGAUACAAUAUUAUACAUGUUGAUUGCAAUGUACGUGGAAAAAAUAAGGCCCGGUUUAUACGGUGUACCUUUACCAUGGUAUUUCCCGUUAACUAAAAGCUUUUGGUUUCCCAAUAAAAAGAAAAGUGCAAAGAUAACAAUGAGCGAUGGAGUGGAUAAAGAUUAUAAUGAUGCGCUAUUGCAAGUUGUUCAUGAUGAAGAGCCGAAAGGUGUACCGAUGGGAAUCUGUAUAGAGAAUCUCACAAAAAUAUAUAAAGGUCGUAAAAAGGCUGUUGAUAAUUUGAAUCUCAGAAUGUAUGAAAAUGAAAUAACAGUAUUAUUGGGUCACAACGGCGCUGGAAAAACUACCACAAUAUCAAUGCUUACAGGUAUGGUACCACCCACAUCAGGGUCGGCAUCAAUAAACGGGUACAACAUAGUAACAGAGACAGAAUUAGCUCGUAAGUCCCUCGGCAUCUGUCCGCAGCAUAACGUCCUAUUCCCCGACCUCACUGUCGCCGAGCAUAUUAUAUUCUAUUCCCGAUUAAAAGGAGUACCAAGUAAUAAACUACAAGAGGAAGUCAACCAUUUCGUUAAAUUAUUGGAAUUAGAAGAAAAGAGAGAUGUGGUAUCAAACCACCUAUCGGGGGGUCAGAAGCGGCGGCUGUCUGUGGGCGCGGCGAUGUGCGGCUCCUCGCGAGUCGUUCUACUGGACGAGCCCACCUCGGGACUAGACCCCGCAGCUAGGCGAUCGCUCUGGGAUCUACUGCAAAAGGAAAAGAAAGGGCGUACAAUGAUAUUAACAACCCACUUUAUGGACGAGGCGGAUGUCCUCGGCGACCGCAUCGCCAUCAUGUCUGGAGGCAAACUGCAGUGCAUCGGCACUCCCUACUUCCUCAAGAAGCACUACGGCAUCGGAUACAAACUCACUAUUGUCAAAAAAGACGAAUGUAACGUACAAAAUGUUACAGCUUUCUUCAAAAAACACGUGCCUGAUAUUAGAGAGAAUACUAAUAUAGGGUCGGAACUAACCUAUAUAUUGCCAAAUGAUCAUGUCAGCAAGUUUCCUGAUAUGUUGAAAGAGUUUGAACAAAAGAGAGAGGAAAUGCAUGUAUCCAGUUAUGGUCUUUCGGUUACCAGUCUUGAAGAAGUUUUUAUGAAGGCCGGUGUAGAGGAUAAUACAGAAGUAUCUUCGGCUAAAAAAAAUAGUUUCGUAACCAGAAAUGACGCUGCUAUAGUACCACUUGAAAAUCAUCAAAAUAAUAUAGUGACAAAUGAGCCAAUACAAAAAGUGCGAGGAUAUAAAUUACUUAAGAAUCAUAUAAAAGCAAUGUUUCUGAAGCUCAUUUAUAAUACGAUGAGGAACAAAUUGGCAGCUCUAAUACAAUUUAUAACACCGAUUAUAAAUAUCACAUUAUCAGUGAUUAUAGCACGAUCAUGGAAGUUUAUCUCACAGUUACCAGCUUUAGAUUUAAGUUUGAAAAGUGGCUUCAGAGCGACAGAGACAUUAAUGUCGCAAGAUGUCAAUGUAACGGGGAAUAGUUUGGAACACAAAGCGAUGCUCGCAUAUAAAGAUUACUUCAAAACAUCAGAUUAUCCUGGCAUGACGCUCAAUGAUCUAGGAACUAUGAAUCUUGGCAAAUUUUAUAUGAAACUGUGUGAAGCAGACUUAUCACGUGUGCGGUACGAGAACCUGAUUGGUGCGACGUUCGCUCCGCACCGCAUCACUGGCUGGUUCAGUAACUACGGGUACCACGACUCUGCUAUCUCGCUCGCACUCGUCAACAACGCGAUGCUUGCCGCUCUCUCUCCCGGCAGCACGCUCAGGAUUAUAAACCAUCCAUUACCUUAUUCUAUUGAAAAUUUGGUGAGAGUGAUGGCUACGGGUAGCAGUAUGGGAUUUCAGUUUGCGUUUAAUAUCGGAUUUUGUAUGGCUUUCGUGACAUCCUUUCUUGUCCUGUUUGUGGUCAAGGAGCGCAUAAGCGGUGCGAAGUUACUGCAGCGUGUGUCUGGUGUCCGGCCAGCUGUGAUGUGGGGCGCGGCCUUCGUGUGGGAUUGGGUGUGGCUCUUCCUAGUAUAUCUAUGUAUUGUACUCACAUUAGCCUGCUUCCAAGAGAAUACGCUUUCAACUCCAGAAGAACUCGGUCGAGUUCUUUUAGUAUUAAUGGUGUUCUCAGUGGCGACUAUACCUUUGCACUAUUUAGCGUCGUUUUACUUCGAGGCAGCUGCAACUGGCUUUUCUAAAAUGUGUUUUAUGAACAUAUUCUGUGGUUGCAUGCCUUUUCUUAUAACUGAAGUAUUAAGGUUGCCAGAAGUAGGCAGCCCCUACUAUGCUCAUAUCUUCGAUUGGAUAUUCUCACCGUUGCCAAUUUACUGCAUAAGUCGGAGUUUCAGAGAUAUGAGCGUGUCGUCGUUUUCAAUGCUGGCGUGCGACGGUCUGUGCGAGCAGUUCGUCAACAUCGACAACUGCACGCGACACACCAUCUGCCAACAUCUCAACAUCUCGGUUUGUUGUAUUGAAGACGACCCGUUCCUCAAGUGGAGUGAGCCUGGCAUCGGACGAUAUUUGUUCAUGAUGGCGCUAGUCGGAAUUAUAGCUUUCAUUAUCUUACUUCUAAAGGAAUAUGAACUUAUAAACAAGGUAUUCUACAAGGAGAGUCCUCACCGGCCUCCAGCGGUGGACCCUAAAGAGGACUCCGAUGUGGCGGAGGAGCGUUCUCUGGUACAGAAAAUGACUCGCCCGGAGAUAGCACAGCACAGUCUCGUCUGUAGGGAUCUGACCAAGUUCUAUAAAGAUUUCCUCGCUGUCAAUCGAUUGUCCUUUGCGGUACACAAGGGCGAAUGUUUCGGUCUACUGGGUGUGAACGGUGCGGGCAAGACGAGUACGUUCCGCAUGCUGACUGGUGACGCGCGGAUCUCCUGCGGCGACGCAUUCGUGCACGGACUCUCCCUCAAGACUCAUCUACAGGAUGUCUACAGACAUAUCGGUUACUGUCCUCAAUUCGACGCCCUGCUGGAGAACCUGACGGCGCGGGAGACGCUGCGCAUCUUCUGCUUGUUGCGCGGUAUCCCCGUCAGAGUGGGCUCAGCGCGCGCCCUGCAUCUCGCCAACCUGCUCGGCUUCACCACACAUUAUGAUAAAAUGGUACACGAGUGCAGUGGUGGCACCAAAAGGAAAAUCAGCACCGCCUUAGCUCUACUGGGUGAUUCGCCGCUUGUGUUCCUUGAUGAACCUACUACAGGCAUGGACCCGGCGUCGAAACGUCUGGUGUGGCGUUGUGUGAGCGCGGCGGCGCGCGGCGGACGCAGCGUGGUGCUCACCUCGCACAGCAUGGAGGAGUGCGAGGCGCUCUGCUCCAGACUCACAGUCAUGGUCAACGGACGUCUCUACUGCCUCGGACCACUGCAGCAUCUCAAGACUAAGUUCUCACAAGGUUACACGUUAAUAGUGAAGAGUAAAUCUGGACCGGACAGAGACAGCAAUGUGUCUCGUAUAAAUCAAUAUAUAGCAGACAACUUCAAUGAAGCUAAGCUAAUUGAAACUUACUUAGGAAUAAGUACUUACUAUUUAAAAGAUGAAGAUCUACCAUGGUGGAAGAUUUUCCACAUCAUGGAGAAUGCACGUCAGGAUCUGCCAAUAGAGGACUACUCUGUAUCUCAGACUACGCUCGAACAAGUAUUCCUCGGCUUCACAAGGAUGCAAGGUAAUACAGCGUGAUGUUAAUUAUAGCAACUCUUCAAUGAAAUGUACAGCGUGUUUUUUUUUGUACUUUAUUUUUAUUUAAGAAAUAUUAAAAAGUUUUCGACUAAAUAUUUAUAUACAUUGAUAUGCCUUUGUAGACAUGAAUAAUACAAGUCAUGUAAUUAAAAAUAUCGAAAGACAAGGGAGUAAAGUAAAAUAUCUAAUUAAUAAUGAAAAU